CCUGGCAACCCUGGUUACAGGCGUAUCCGUAUCCGGCAGCCAUUUUUUCGAGUUGUUCAUUCGCCGGGUCUGUGAAAGGUCGCUUGCGAAUGAGAAAAUAAUUUUAUUACAAAUUCUCUCUUCGUGAGAGAUAACUACCUGUCUACCUAAUCAAGCGUUUACCACCACGUAAGAUCUUCAAACGAAUUUUGAAACAGCGUAACCAUGCAGUACAACGGCUUUCACAAUCAACAUCCUAUAUUUAGACCUCGAACAGACCGGAAUGAACAAUUCGGUAAAAUGCCUUUCUUCAACGGUAUUCCUGAUUUUGGAGGCCCAAAAAAUUUCGGUGGCCCCAGAAAUAACAACAUGGGCAAUAAAAAUAACUUUCGACCCAGAAAUGAUUUUAAUGGAAUAAGAAAUGAUGGAAAUCAAAAUGAUUUUGGUGGACCAAAAGAAUUCAGGCCAAGAAAUAAUUUCAAUAACCAGACUCAACGAAAGGAGAAUGAUGGUGAUAAACAGAUGAAUCCCAGGGGAAAUAUGCAAUAUUUUAAGAGCGACUUUGGGGGUCCUAAACAGCAAAAUUUUAAUAACAAGAACAACUUCACUGCUAAUAAAACUUUCAAUAAUAAUGGCCAACCAGGAAAUGGCAAUGGUCAGCAAAAUUUCAUUCCUAAAAAAGUAUUUAAUCCUAAUAAUGAUCGCCAGCAACAGUCAAUGGAAUUUAAGGGACGUAAGUUACAAAGUCAAAAAGCAAAACAUCCAGGUGAUAGCCUUAUUAAACCAAAUUGGGAUUUGGCUAAUCUUGAACCAAUUCAGAAAGAUUUCUACAAACCUCAUCCUAAUGUGGAUGCUCGCACAGAAGAAGAAGUAAUGAGAUUCCGUUCAACAAAAGAAAUUACAGUCAGUGGGAACAACAUUCCACGACCUAACCAAAUUUUUGAUGAAGGUAACUUCCCUGAUCACAUUAUGACCACUAUUAAAGAACAAGGUUGGUCAGAGCCUACUGGCAUCCAAGCACAGGGUUGGCCAAUUGCUUUGUCUGGCCGUGACAUGGUUGGCAUUGCAUCAACAGGAUCUGGGAAAACACUUGCUUACAUGCUUCCAGCAGCUGUUCAUAUAGUUCACCAGCAGCGUAUUCAGAGAGGUGAUGGUCCAGUUGCUUUGAUACUUGCGCCCACACGGGAACUUGCUCAACAAAUCCAAUCUGUGGCACAAGCCUAUAGUGCCCAUGGCUGUAUUAGAAACACAUGUCUCUUUGGGGGUUCACCAAAGGGACCACAAGCUAGGGAUCUGGAAAGAGGCGUGGAAAUUGUUAUUGCUACACCUGGUAGACUGAUUGAUUUCUUAGAGCGAGGCACAACAAAUCUGCGGCGGUGCACCUACUUAGUAUUAGAUGAAGCAGAUAGAAUGCUUGACAUGGGAUUUGAACCCCAGAUUCGCAAGAUUAUUGAACAGAUUCGGCCUGAUCGUCAAGUUUUGAUGUGGUCAGCUACCUGGCCUAAAGAAAUUCAAGCCCUUGCCGAAGAUUUCCUCAAUGAUUAUAUUAAAGUCAAUAUUGGAUCUUUAAAUCUAUCUGCAAACAAUAAUAUUAAACAAAUUAUUGAAGUUUGUGAAGAACACGAGAAAGAAACAAAAUUAACUAACCUAUUGAAAGAGAUUGCCUCUGAAAGAGACAACAAGGUUAUUGUUUUUGUGGAGACUAAAAAGAAGGUGGACGACAUUGCUCGUGCUGUGCGUCGAAACGGGCACAAAGCAUUAGCUAUUCAUGGAGACAAGUCACAACCUGAACGUGAUGCUGUACUAACAGAGUUCAGAAAUGGUGCCACCACUAUUUUGAUUGCCACCGAUGUGGCCGCCCGUGGUCUUGAUGUUGAAGAUGUUAAAUUUGUUGUCAACUUUGAUUAUCCUAACUCCUCUGAAGAUUAUAUCCAUAGAAUUGGUCGCACUGGUCGGUGCCAACAAUCUGGUACAGCAUAUACUUUCUUCACGACUGGUGAUGCGCGUCAGUCUCGUGCUUUAGUUGCAGUUCUACGUGAAACUGGUCAAAAUCCCCCCAAUAAAUUGAACGAGAUGGCCAGGACCAACAAUAACAAUUCAGGACGUAACCGUUGGCAGCAACGCAAAGAAAACAAUAGUGGUUCAAGCUCACCUCGUCAACAAAACAACCAGUGGAAUAACAAGAUGGCUGCUGUUGUCAAUGAAGAUAACCAGAAUGCUUACCAAAACCGUAAUAUCCAGCAACAACCACCCCGUUUCAAUAACCAAAACCAAAAUAAUCAGGGUUAUAGGCAGCAAAACAACUUCCAGAAACCUGUGCCCUUUCCAAGUCCCAAUGUGUUUGAGUCCAUUGGCAAUUACCAGGGUGGCUAUAACAAUGGCUACCAAAAUGGGUACAACAGCCAUAACCAAAAUGGAUUUAACCAACGGCCUUACAACAAUUCUCGUAAUGGUAACCAACAAUACCGCAACAACAACACCAAUGGCAACAAAUCGGGAUCUGGUUCAUCGUAUGGUUCUCCUCCUCCUCACUUCACUACUCCUCAACAUUAUCCACAGAUGCAUCCCCACCAUCAAGAGAUGCUCGGUGGCAAAUAUUACGGCGGUGGCGUGGGUGGCGGCGGCCCUUGCGGUUACCAGGCGGCGGUGGGAGCAAGUGUUCCCUUCGCUCACAUGGCUCCUGGGCCUCUUCUCUAUGCAGCUCCAGUGCAACAAUAACUUGACUCCUUUCAUCAACAUCCACUGGCCCAAGCUAUUGCAAAACAUAUGUGUGCAAUGAAAAAAUUUUUAUCAUAACUAAACUAUAUUUUGAGACGUCUUACCUUUUAAAGAAAGAAAUUUCAAUAUUGUACUUAUGAUUUCCAUCUAAUUGUUAAUGAGCCAUAUGGUGUUGAGACUGCGACCUUUGUUUUUUUUUUUUAAUAAGCACGUGUUUGAUUAGAUUAAUAUAUAUAUUGAUGUAGAUCUGAAUGAAGACUUCUUUCACUUUGAUUUGAUUUUGUUUAUUUUUAGAAUAUUUAAAUACAUUUUGAGAGAAAUAGUUGUCGCACUUCGCUGUUUUGAUUUUGAGGGAAAUCUAUUCAGAUCGAUUAAAAUUAAUGAAUAUGUGUGUUAGUUUUGUAAGGGAUUGUAUCCUCUGUCGAGUCAGUUUCGCAUACGCUUUCCUUUGUUACUAAAUGCUUUUUUAAGUAAAAAAUAUUCUUAUAUAAUGUUCAUAUCUGUUUGAAGUGCAAUGAUAUUAAAUUUUUUCAAUAAUAAUUCUGAUAAAAUAUUGACAGUGGAAAUGCGGGCAUGACUGAUAAAGAAUACAGAUAUCCAUCUUAAUAUUAAUAUGGUAGAUACAAAGUAAUGGAACUGUUUCUGCCUUUAGAUUUUAAUCAUUAUAUUUGUUAGAGUAGUUGGUGUGGCUACCCCCUUGUAUAAUCCCGGGGGUGCCUUUCGUUUUUUCUUUCACAUGUCUGUAUAAUGUACGAAAUGCACGAAACAUUAGAAGAUGAUUGAAAUUAUGUAGGGAAGCUUAAAGAAACAAAAAAGUUGUCUGAAAUAUUUAAUAUAUUAUUUUUAUUGUUGAUGAUUGAUCUUACCAGUGGAAAAGUGGGACAUCUUAGAGAUAAUGUAAAUUUAUUGAAAAAUUUAAACGCGUUGAAUUCAAUGCAAAUGCUUUUUGAUAUUCUUAAAGAUAACAAUCUGUAUUGCCAGAUAAAAUUGUGAAUAUUUUUCUUAUGUAAAGUGAUGUCAAUGACAUUUAAAGUCGCUGAUUUCAAGAUUAUUUUUUUAUUGAAGAUUAGAUCUUGAUAUACUUGAAUAUUUAUGUCUAGGGUAUUAAGUCUGCGUCUAUUAGACUUGGACAAUAGUUUGACUUGAACAUGUUCAAACUCAACUGGUUCCAUACUCAAAAAUGUAUAAAAAAUGUAGAUAACAUGCAUUUAUCUUAGGGCGGUUAGAGCGUGAUAAAUAUAAUCGAACAACAGUGACUUUCGUUUCUUAGCAACAUAAGUACUUCUUCAUAUUUGUUUUUGAUUAUUUUUUUAUAUAUUGUGAGGUUUCAGAUAAUUCACAUAUUUUCUUUGUGCGUAAACGGGUUCUAAGGGCUAAGGUUAGGAACUAAUAGGUACAAAUUUUAUCUAUUGAGGCAAUGUAUUAUCUUGAAGCCCGUUGCUGUCCAAAGAUUUAAAAAUCUGUGAUAUUUCAUUAAUAUAACCUGUCGUUGCGUUUGUCAAUUGUUGAUACAUAUGGACACCUAUGAAAUGUGUUUUAUUAGACAAAAAUAUAUUUUUCGAUUGAGGGAAUUUCAAGAAUGUUUGUGAAUACAAUACUUGCAAGUCAUUCACAGAUUUAAUAUAAUAUGAUAGGUGUAAGAUUUAAUAAUUUAUUGUUAUUCAAUUUAGUUUUCAGUUACUAGGUGACGAAAUUGAACCAGUUCAAAGGGACGUAAAGUUAUUAUCUAUUUUAAGUAUUCCGUUAUGAGGUACAUCUCGGAAGAUAGCAGUGGGCCCUCCAGCCGAUAUUAACCUAGGGGUGAACAACGUGUUCGUGAAUCUCGCAUUUGUUGUAUCUUAUUGAGAUGUGAGAUUUGCUUUGUUAUUUAUGUACAUUAUAAGAGAAAGACUGCCAUGAAAGGGAUGUAUGCAUAAAUCAUCUCUGAGAUGUUUGCCUGAGUUCUAGCCUGGACCGCUUUGCGUCUUCGCCGGACAAUGGUCGGGCUAGAGAGUUGCAUGCGUUUUAGAUCGGCGCAUGUCAAGAAUGGUCGCGGAUAGCAGGUAGCUCCUGUAUUUUGUACAAAGUACUGCACCCACCUCUACUAAACAACUGUGAUAAUAACACUAAGUAGCGUAGCAGGCGAUUUAUAUACUAGUUACGUCCAAGAGAAGGGAUGACAUCAUAUCUGACAUAAUGUAUUGUGAUAGUAAUAUAUCAAGGCGUGACCAUUUCGGUACGUUUUGACUUCGUUUUCUCUAAAAGCAAGACUGAUUAUUUCUUAUUGAUAAAUAUUUUAUACAUGUUUCACUUUGACUGAAUGAAUUAAGAUGUCUGUAUUUAUAUUGGUAGUUUCAUUGCUGUGUGUUUUCUCAAAAAUGAGUAUUCACUAUGUUGGAUAUGUGUCAAAAUAGCCUUUCCAUGCGGUCACCAAAAUAAUAAAUUUUAUGUUCGUAUAUAUAUUUAAUACAAGAAAUAAUUUCUUUAUUGUGAUUGAAAAUGUUGUUGACAAAUUAUGUGGCAGCGGCAGUAUAAACACUACUUAUAAAGUUUUAUUUUUGUUGUUUUUGCAAAAUUUUAUUUUAUUCAGUAUAUACCUAGGCGAUCGUACUUUCAUGCUUUAUUAUUUUAUUAAGACUUAUUUCAAAAAAAGCAAGUUGUGAAAAAUAUACAUAGAUUUUUAAGUAUGUGGCAAUGCAGAUCUUCAUUGAUGGUAACUAUGUACGAAAUAGUUUAUUCAAUUUAAAUAAUGGAGAGAUUCCAUAUAAAAUCUGUCCCAAAGGGAAGUCUUCUGAAUGUUUCUGAGAAGUGCAUUUCUUCUAUGUAAUACAGUAUUAAAUUCAGAUUAAUAAAUGGAUGUAUAAUUAUUA